AUGCUACAGUUACUGUUUUACAACAGAUACACAGAUGCUACACUGGUUUUACAACAUAUGAACAACUACAAUGAUACAACCGUUGCAACAGUUACUGGUUCUACAACAGAGAAUAUAACUGUUGCCACAAUGACUGGCUUUACAUCUGAUUCUACAAUAACGGAUUCCAUAACUGAAACUACGACAACUGACAUUACAACAGUUGAUGGUACAACAGCUGACGCAACAACCAUUGAUGUUACAACUGAUGCCAUCACCGCUGAUACGACAACGGAUGUUGUAACAGCUGAUGCCACCACCAUCGAAACCACAACUGCUGAUGCUACUACAAUUGAUGCUACAACCGCUGAUACUACAAUAGAUGAUGUCACAACUGUUGAAGCUACAACUGCUGAUGCUACUACAGUUGACGCUACAACAGGUCUAAACCUUAAUACCCAUUACUGGAUACUGUGGCCCAACAAGUUCUCUGCUAGAAUUGUACUUUUCUGCAGCCAGGCCUCAAAAGAGGUGAACAAUGUAAUCCUUCGUACUGCUGACCCAGGUACCCCUGAGCCACCGCCACCAACCACUCUUAAACCGGAGCCACCAACCACCCUCAAGCCGCCGCCACCAACGCAGCCACCACCAACUCUAACCACUCUUAACCCAGAGCCACCAACCACCCCUAAGCCUCCGCCACCAACUACACUUAACCCAGAGCCACCAACCGCCCCUAACUCUCCGCCACCAACCACUCUUAACCAGAGCCACCAACCACCCCUAAGCCUCCGCCACCAACUACACUUAACCCAGAGCCACCAACCGCCCCUAACUCUCCGCCACCAACCACUCUUAACCCAGAGCCACCAACCACCCCCUAAGCCUCCGCCACCAACCACACUUAACCCAGAGCCACCAACCGCCCCUAACUCUCCGCCACCAACCACUCUUAACCCAGAGCCACCAACCACCCCUAAGCCUCCGCCACCAACCACACUUAACCCUGAGCCACCAACCGCCCCUAACUCCCGCCACCAACCACUCUUAACCCAGAGCCACCAACCACCCCUAAGCCUCCGCCACCAACCACACUUAACCCAGAGCCACCAACCACCCCUAAGCCUCCGCCACCAACCACUCUUAACCCAGAGCCACCAACCGCCCCUAACUCUCCGCCACCAACCACUCUUAACCCAGAGCCACCAACCACCCCUAAACCAACCACCCCAGAGCCACCAACCACCCCUAAGCCUCCACCACCAACCACUCUUAACCCAGAGCCAGCCACCAACCACUCUUAACCCAGAGCCACCAACCACCCCUAAGCCGACGCCACCAACCACUCUUAAACCGGAGCCACAACCACAAACGACAAUAGCAGAUACAACUACUGCAGAUGCAACAACUAUUACAGACACAACAUCGACUGCAGAUAAAACAACGACUACAGAUAUAACUACUGCAGAUACAACCACUGCAGAUAUAACUACUACAGAUACAACGACCACAGGUACAACAACGGUAGAAAUAACUACUGCAGAUACAACUACUGCAGAUAAAACCACUGUAGAUAUUACAAUCACUGCAGAUAUUACAACCACUACAGAUACGAAUACUGCAGAUACAACCACUACCACUGCAGAUACAACCACUGCAGAUACAACCACUGAAGAUACAACCACUGCAGAUACAACCACUGCUUCUAGAGCUCGCAACCAUCGACCCUUCCCUGGGGGCUCUGGAAGCGGCCCUGGACGAGGCCAGCGACAGACUCGGCACCAUCGACAGCACCGGCCGAAGGAGAGUUCGGAGACAACCGAUGACACUACAACCGAUGCCACCACAACCGAUGCCACUACA